AAUUGACCCAUCUCACUCUCACGCUCCGUUGAUACGCUUUCGUUCAUAGGGCCGGCCUGCGGCCGAUUGCUUCUUCCAACCCACCCUCACCUCCUCCCUCCACCAUGCCCCGCCAUUCCUUCACCGACCGAGACCCCCUCGAUGCCGUCCUCGCCCCGCCCCCCAACGAGACCCCGGAGGAGAGAGAGAAGCGCAUCGCCGCCGAAGUAGAGGCCAAGCGCGUCAGCGACGAGAUCGACGCGCAGCUCAACAGGGAGCGCGAGCGCGAGAAAAAGAAGGCGCCGGCAGUCCGCGUCCUGCUCCUAGGGCAGAGCGAGUCGGGCAAGUCCACGACGCUUAAGAACUUCCAGUUGAUCAACUCCUCGAAGGCGUUCCAGAGGGAGCGUCCGACAUGGGGCAAUGUCAUCCGGCUCAAUGUCGUCAAGGCUAUGCUGUUGAUCCUGGACAUCCUGAACCAGCUUCAGGCCGGUGCCGACUCGGAGGAGGAGGACUCGAAGCGAGUCGAGCUCACUCCCGAUCUGCUCAUGCUCAAGCAGCGGCUCGCACCCCUCUACUCACUGGAAGAGUCCUUCGCGGCACUCCUGAGCCCCGGUUUCAGGGGCGAGAAGUCUCGGUCUAAAUUGCGCGAUAACGUGUUCAAUAUCAACGUCAACUCCGAAAAGUUCGGUCUGUCCCGCUUGUGGGGAGGAGGCAACAUCCGGGAGAGCAUCGACGGCGACCGUGAUGUCGUCGACCACACAGGCGACGAUGCGGCGGGCGAUGCGCAGGCUGUUGCGCAACCGCGAAGAUCUAACGAUGACCCGGCACACGUCCUCCAUAUGAUGGCGUCCGACAUGGUCGCGCUUUGGUCCCAUCCUACAGUGAAGAAACUGAUGCGCGUGCGCGAUCUCAAGGUCGGAGACAUUGACCGAGGGGGCUACUUCAUGAACAAGCUGGAAACUGUCACCGACCCUGCCUACGUCCCAACUGAUGACGACAUCCUCCGCGCUCGCAUAAAGACCAUGGGAGUCUCUGAGCAUCGCUUCCGCCUGAAGACGGGCCCCAUGGGCAACCUGACCACCUCCGAGUGGCGUGUAUUCGAUGUCGGCGGCGCACGAAGCAUGCGGGCCGCUUGGGCGCCGUACUUCGACGACAUCGAUGCCAUAAUCUUCCUCGCCCCCAUUAGCUGCUACGACGAAGUGCUCGAGGAGGAUCCCACGGUCAACCGCCUGGAAGACUCGAUGAAGCUGUGGCGAACGAUAUGCGAGAACCCACUUUUGAAGAACACCGACCUGAUCUUGUUCCUCAACAAGUGCGACGUGAUGAAGGAGAAGCUUCGCGUCGUCCCGUUCUCACAACACGUCGUCUCGUACAAAGGCCGCGAUGACGACUUUGAGGGAUGCGCGAACUACCUGAAGCGCAAGUUCGGUCAAGUACACAAGUCCCACUCGCCGCAACAGCGACCAUUCUACUGCCAUAUGACCAGCGUUACCGACACCAAAUCCACACACGCUAUCCUUGGCAAUGUCAAGGACCUGCUUGUCCGAAAAAACCUGCUGAACAGCCAUCUCGUAUGAUUCCUGUCCUCAGCUGUCGUGUUUUGUCAUGGAUGCGGACUCUAGGUACCGGUUUAGACAUAGGGUUGUGGCUCCUCCCCCUCCCUCCGACUCCCUGCGACCUCCCCUCCUUCGGUUGUACGUAUAUAAUCUUGGCGCCGUGGACGGUUGCUGUGCAUGUUCUGCUGGCCACACAUACACGCGU